AUACAGCAGAAGAUCUCGCAAAGAAGAAGAAAAGAAACUUCAGAAAGUAGUCAAGACACAUUUGCGUGACAUGAUCAUUGUUCCUGAGAUGAUUAGAUCCAUCGUUGGUCCUGAGAUGGUUGGACACUAUCUGGAUGAGUUCGCAAUCACAUGCAAGCCGGUCAAGCACGGUGGCCCCGGUAUUGGUGCCAAACACUCUUCAAUUUUUAUUCCACUCAAGUAA